GCUUUCGAUAUUUCUAAACAUGUUGGGAAGUGAGAAAACUCUGACCUGUGCACCUUGCAAUAACAAUGUAGGGUUCCUGCAAAGGACCAACAGCCUGGAAGACAAGGGCCGGAUCGUUAGCUCCCUGAAGGAAAGGCAGUCCUCCAAGAGCCUGCUGGCGUGCGAGAACAGUGAGAGGGAAUCCAGGUUCCGGCGCACCGAGACAGAUUUCUCCAAUUUGUAUGCCAGAGAUUUGCUGCCCGCUAAGAAUGGCGAGGAGCAGACCAUGCAGUUCCUGCUGGAGGUCGUCGACAUCCUCCUCAACUACGUGAAGAAGACGUUUGACAGAUCCACCAAAGUGCUGGACUUCCACCACCCGCACCAGCUCCUGGAGGGCAUGGAGGGCUUCAACCUGGAGCUCUCGGACAACCCUGAGUCGCUGGAGCAGAUCCUGGUGGACUGCCGGGACACGCUGAAAUACGGAGUGAGGACAGGCCACCCUCGCUUUUUCAAUCAGCUGUCCACGGGACUGGACAUCAUCGGCCUGGCCGGGGAGUGGCUGACAUCAACUGCUAACACCAACAUGUUUACCUAUGAAAUUGCCCCUGUUUUUGUCCUCAUGGAACAAAUAACACUUCGAAAGAUGAGAGAGAUUAUUGGAUGGUCAAAUAAAGAUGGUGAUGGAAUAUUCUCACCUGGAGGAGCUAUCUCCAACAUGUACAGCAUAAUGGCUGCACGCUAUAAGUAUUUCCCUGAAGUCAAAACCAAAGGCAUGGCUGCAGUCCCUAAACUGGUUCUCUUUACCUCGGAACAUAGUCACUACUCAAUAAAGAAAGCUGGAGCUGCACUUGGAUUUGGAACAGACAAUGUGAUAUUGAUAAAAUGCAAUGAAAGAGGCAAAAUAAUACCAGCUGAUUUGGAGGCAAAAAUUUUGGAAGCAAAACAAAAGGGAUACGUUCCUCUUUUUGUAAAUGCAACUGCAGGCACAACUGUAUAUGGAGCCUUUGAUCCAAUACAGGAGAUUGCAGAUAUAUGUGAAAAAUAUAACCUCUGGCUCCAUGUAGAUGCUGCCUGGGGAGGUGGACUCUUAAUGUCCCGAAAGCAUCGUCAUAAAUUGAAUGGAAUAGAAAGAGCCAACUCAGUCACUUGGAAUCCACACAAGAUGAUGGGAGUGUUGUUACAAUGUUCUGCCAUCCUUGUCCGGGAGAAGGGUAUACUUCAAGGCUGCAAUCAAAUGUGUGCAGGCUAUCUCUUCCAGCAAGACAAACAGUAUGAUGUAUCCUAUGACACUGGAGAUAAGGCGAUACAGUGUGGUCGACACGUGGACAUUUUCAAAUUCUGGUUGAUGUGGAAGGCAAAGGGUACAGUAGGAUUUGAAAACCAGAUCAACAAAUGCCUGGAGCUGGCAGAAUAUCUCUACACUAAAAUCAAAAACAGGGAAGAAUUUGAGAUGGUUUUUGAAGGGGAGCCAGAGCAUACAAAUGUAUGUUUUUGGUAUAUUCCACCAAGUCUCAGGGGCAUGCCAGACUGUGAGGAGAGAAGAGAAAAGUUACACAGGGUGGCACCAAAAAUCAAAGCACUGAUGAUGGAGUCAGGUACUACCAUGGUUGGAUAUCAGCCUCAGGGCGAUAAGGUCAACUUCUUCCGAAUGGUCAUCUCAAACCCAGCAGCGACUAAGUCUGACAUUGACUUCCUCAUUGAGGAAAUAGAGAGAUUGGGGCAGGAGCUGUAGUACAGCGGGUGAAUUAUUUGUUUCUCUAAUUCACUGUUUUCCAGCACUGGCUAUUUUUUUAACCCAGUUCUGCAGAACAUGUUUUAAGGCAAUUCUCUUUCUGUAAGUUCCAAUCUCCUAAGACAUCCUUAAACAAAACAACUAUAGGCUACUAAAACUUACAUGUAUUGGUAGAUCAUAUUACUGAGGGAAAAU